AUGACGUCUCGUACUGAUCGGCUCGCCAAAUUUUUCGACUUUGUCCUUAGUGGUAAACGGCCAGUUGCGACUGUCGAUAACUUUACGCUGCUACUGGAAGCGAUUUUCGAGAAAAAAAACCACGCAGCGUGUGUUGAGCGCAUCGUCGCCAGCCCCGCUGCCCGAAACGCCAUCCACGCAGGUGUCCGAUUCAACACCAAGCCCGACUUCUUGAACAGACACACAGCUUUAUUUCUUCAAUACCUUUCUGAUCCUUCUAUCAAGACACUAUGUAAUGGCCAGCAUCUGCGAGAUAUUGUCGAAGUUAUGAUUGAGCCGCGAACUUUGUGGAACGCUUUCAUGAAGGCCUUCCAAGCAAAUGCCCUUACAGAACCGGCGGUACAAGCCUUUACAUGGCUCGUGAUCGAAUGUCUCACUCACGCGUCUGCCAAUGAGGCAGAUAUGGUGGAUGAUGCCCAGACCGUGGUCAGCAGUGGCUCUCUUCUGAAAUCGACAUCACCUGAAACCCGCGCCUAUGGCCAUAAGCUGAAGCUAGUGUUGGAACUCAAGGCAAGUAACACAUUUAUUGAAAAAUCCGAUUAUGUUCCAGGAGGUCGGCAUGACAAUGACCACGUCGACUUUCGCCAAAUUGCAAUUUAUCCAACUAAUGACGAGUCUUGCUCGGUCGAGAAACCAUUCUAUCGGCGUGCGGACGAGAUCCUGCAACUACCCAUCGAAAAGCGGGUCGCAGGUCAUCUCGAUAAUCAAUUCCGGCUUUUACGAGAGGACAUGCUCUCGGACAUACGCGAGGAGCUGCAGGCGGUGAAAGGAAGGAAGAAGAGACGUACAGUCACCACACUCAAGGGACUGUCUGUAAAAGAGAUAUUCAAUGGCACAGAAAGGCGGAUGACCCCUUGCGGCCUGGUGAUCACCUGUCUGCAAGGCCUAGAAGCUCUGAAAGCCCGGGACAAGGAAGGUCGAAAGGCUUUUCUAAAGAACGACCGCGGCUAUCUACGCCAUCAGUCAUUCGGCUGUCUUCUCCGUGGUAAAGAGAUUGUCUCAUUUGCCACGGUUGACAGACAAAUCGACUACCUUCUCGAGGACGAGCCAAAGAUUGUCUUGCGAAUUAUAGGAGACGAUGCUGUGAGAAAGACGCUAUCUUAUUUCAAACUCUACAGCGACCUCAUGUUCCUCUUUGUAGAUACUGCUGUAUUCGCCUAUGAGCCUAUUCUAAAACGUCUUCAGGAGAAAGCGGAGCUUCCUCUUGCAGAGGACCUGUUAAACUACCAACGCGACAGCGAGAUCUCCUCAUCCAACAUCAUUGAAGAAAGACUUAUCAAGGAUCUCGACCAUGGUGUGAGAACCCUGCAAGACGUGCUAACCUCCGAGAAACCCAUCAACCUCGAUUCAUCUCAGAUGCAAGCAUUCGUCUCCGGGCUCACGCAGAAAGAACUGGAAAGUCGUUCAUCGGCGCUCUGA